UGGCUGUCUUUUCUCGGCCCAUUUCCGCUGAGAAAGAAAGCAAAAGGAAAAUACAGAAUCCUCUUUCAGUCUUUACUUAGUAGGGUUUGCCGUGGUGGCGGCGGCGAUCACCGAAGAGUGAGGAAGGACUAGUUUGUAGUUUCAGACUUUCAGUUGUAAGCUCCGUCAUCGCUGAGUUCCGCGGUCAGCCCUUACUCUGCUCCAGUCUCGUCUGCGCAGUUCUCUCAUCAGGCGGGCAGGCAUGGAGGAAGUCUGUGAAGGAAAGGAUUUUUCCUUCCCCAAUCAGGAGGAAAAGAUUCUCUCCUACUGGUCAGAAAUCAAGGCGUUCGAAACUCAAUUGUCCCGCACGGAAUCCCUUCCGGAAUACGUUUUCUACGACGGUCCUCCCUUCGCCACCGGCCUUCCUCACUACGGCCACAUCCUUGCCGGAACCAUUAAAGAUAUCGUGACUCGCUACCAGACCUCGACCGGCCACCACGUCACGCGUAGGUUUGGGUGGGACUGUCACGGCCUGCCGGUCGAGAAUGAGAUCGACAGGAAGCUAGGGAUCAAGAGAAGGGAUGAGGUUCUGAAAAUGGGGAUUGAUAAGUACAAUGAGGAGUGCAGGAGCAUUGUGACUCGUUAUGUUGAGGAGUGGGAGAAGGUUAUCACGAGGACUGGGCGUUGGAUUGAUUUUAAGAAUGAUUACAAGACCAUGGAUUUGAAGUUCAUGGAGAGUGUUUGGUGGGUUUUCUCGCAGCUUUGGGACAAAGGUCUCGUUUAUAAAGGUUUCAAGGUCAUGCCAUAUAGUACUGGUUGCAAGACUGUACUCUCGAAUUUUGAAGCUGGCCAGAAUUUUAAGGAUGUACCUGAUCCAGAGAUCAUGGUAGCUUUUCCUGUUGGGGGUGAUCCUGAUAAUGCGGCCUUUGUGGCUUGGACGACUACACCGUGGACUCUCCCUAGUAAUCUUGCCCUUUGCGUCAAUCCUACCUUUUGAUUAUGUUAAGGUCCGCAGCAAGUAUACUGGUAAAGUGUAUGUAAUUGCGGAAUGUCUCUUAUCCUCCAUUCCUGUCGAGAAGCCAAAAUCAAGUGAUUCAAAGACAUCGAGCUCCAAGACAAAGGGUGCAAAGACGGAAAAGCCAAUGGAUUCAUAUGAAUUGCUACAGAAAUUUAAGGGCAGUGAACUUGUAAAUAAAAAGUACGAACCACUGUUCAAUUAUUUCCAGGAGUUUUCUGACGCAGCAUUCAGAGUUGUGGCUGAUAAUUAUGUGACAUCUGACCGCGGAACUGGAAUUGUUCAUUGUGCGCCUGCAUUUGGAGAAGAUGAUUACCGAGUUUGUAUUGAGAAUAAAAUAAUCAAUAAGGGCGAGAAUUUGGUUGUCGCUGUUGAUGAUGAUGGUUGCUUUACUGAGAGGAUUACUGAUUUCAGUGGGCGCUAUGUUAAGGAUGCUGACAAAGAUAUCAUCGAGGCAGUGAAGGGAAAGGGUAGGCUAGUAAAAACUGGAAGCUUUAUGCACAGCUACCCUUUCUGUUGGAGGUCUGACACCCCACUUCUUUAUAGAGCUGUUCCAAGCUGGUUUGUUAGAUUGGAAAAGCUGAAAGACCAACUGUUGGAAAACAACAGUCAGACAUAUUGGGUUCCUGAUUAUGUGAAGGAUAAGAGAUUCCACAACUGGUUAGAAAAUGCACGAGACUGGGCUAUUAGUCGCAGCCGGUUUUGGGGUACUCCUCUCCCUGUAUGGAUCAGUGGGGAUGGAGAGGAAAUAGUAGUAAUUGAUUCUGUUGCCAAGCUGGAAAAACUUUCUGGUGCUAAGGUGUUUGAUCUGCACCGUCACAAGAUUGAUGACAUCACGAUCCCUUCUAGUCGUGGCCCUGAAUUUGGGGUGCUUCGGCGUGUGGACGAUGUUUUUGAUUGUUGGUUUGAGAGUGGGUCGAUGCCUUAUGCUUAUAUCCAUUAUCCCUUUGAGAAUGAAGAAUUUUUUGCGGAAAAUUUUCCUGGUCAUUUUGUUGCUGAAGGGCUAGAUCAAACUCGUGGAUGGUUCUAUACUCUCAUGGUGCUGUCAACUGCAUUAUUUGGAAAACCAGCAUUUAGGAAUCUUGUCUGCAACGGUCUGGUCCUUGCUGAGGAUGGUAAAAAAAUGAGUAAAAAAUUGAAGAACUACCCAUCACCGAUGGAUGUAAUCGAUGAUUAUGGAGCUGAUGCUUUAAGAUUGUACCUUAUCAAUUCUCCAGUUGUGCGGGCUGAAACUUUGCGUUUCAAGAAGGAUGGAGUCUAUAAUGUUGUGAAAGAUGUCUUUCUUCCAUGGUAUAAUGCAUACAGGUUUCUUGUUCAGAAUGCCCAGAGACUUGAGGUUGAAGGACUUGCACCAUUUUCUCUUGUUAGUCCAACAGCUCAGCAGAAUUCUUAUAAUGUGCUUGAUCAGUGGAUCAACUCAGCUACUCGAAGUCUUGUACAUUUUGUCCGCAAAGAAAUGGAUGCUUACCGACUUUACACGGUGGUUCCAUAUCUUCUGAAGUUUCUGGACGACCUGACAAAUGUAUACGUCCGCUUCAAUCGGAAGAGAUUGAAAGGUCGUACUGGGGAGGAAGAUUGCCGAAUCGCUCUCUCCACUCUCUACAACGUGCUUCUAACUGCUUGUAAAGUGAUAUCAUCAUUCACACCGUUCUUCACAGAGGUCCUCUAUCAAAAUAUGCGGAAAGUUUGUGCAAACUCAGAAGAAAGCAUUCAUUAUUGCAGUUUUCCUCAGGAAGAGGGAGAGAGAGAUGCACGAAUUGAGCAAAGUGUUUCAAGGAUGAAGACCAUUAUCGAUCAUGCUCGUAAUAUCCGUGAGCGGCAUAACAAACCUCUUAAGUCACCACUUAGGAAGAUGAUUAUUGUUCAUCCUGAUGGAGACUUCCUUAAUGAUAUAGCUGGAAAACUAAGUGAGUUUGUACGAGAGGAACUCAAUGUAAAAGAUCUCAUCACAUGUAAUGACACUUUGGAGUAUACUUCUCUACGAGCAGAGCCCGAGUUCAGUGCGUUAGGUAAACGGCUUGGAAAAGAUAUGGGAGUUAUUGCCAAAGAAGUGAAAGCAAUGUCUCAAAACGAGAUUUUGGAGUUUGAGAAAGUUGGUGAACUUACCAUAAAGAUGCACUGCCUAAAGCUAACUGACAUCAAGGUUCGUCGGGAAUUCAAACGUCCUGAUGCCUUGACCGAGAAGGAAAUGGAUGCUGCUGGAGAUGGUGAUGUACUGGUUGUUUUGGAUUUACGGCCAGAUGAGUCCUUGUUUGAGGCUGGCUUUGCUCGCGAGGUGGUCAACAGAAUCCAAAAACUAAGGAAAAAGCUUGCGCUUGAUCCUACUGAUGCUGUGGAUGUUUACAUUGAAUCCUUGAAGGAGAACUCAACCCUGCAGCGAGUUCUCGAUUCACAGGAACUCUAUAUCAGGGACGCAAUUGGUUCUCAGUUGCUUCCAUCUACUGCAAUGCCAUCGCAUGCUGUAAGUUGCAUUCCAUAUGACCAACAUGUGUCAUGCCUGCUUGUGAAAUUUUUAAUUAUUGACUUGGAUUAUUAUAUUGAAUAGUGUUCAUGUUGAGAAACUCCACCACUAAACUGUCUGUCUGCAUUAGGCUGAUUUAUUUGCCAGAAUUUGCACUAAUUCUAUUGCUAAGCUGGCGGGCUAGCCCAUUUUUACGUGGACCUAUAUAUAAGUUGAGGUUGUACUUGAUAUUGAAUUUGAUUAUGGAAACUGUAGCCUCUAGCUAUUCCCGCAGUUGGGUCAUGAUAGCUCCCUGACCUCACCACAUAGCAAUUAUGGUUAGAGAUAGCAUGGAUAGCAGGCAGACUUACUAAAAGUCUUGAGUUGGUAGUUUACCGCUUAUUGUCUGGGUUCUCCUAUCUUAGGAUAUGCCUCUGUUGUAACUAAAGAAAGAAGAAAUGGCAAGAAUUGGAACAGAUCUCCUUGGUGCACAGCCAUUUUCCAUCAGUUCACGUUGGAGAUUCAAUUUUUUUUUUUUUUUUUAUUUCGACGGUUCCUGCAGGUGGUGAUUGGAAACGAGGCUUUCCACGGGAUCUCUGGUUUGUCAUUCUCAAUCUCUUUGGCAAGGGCAGCGGUGAUGAUCAAUUCAGAAUCUUGUGCUGCUUUAUAUGGAGGAAAUACUCGAUUUUGUCAGAUGUUACAAGUUUACUUGGUGUCUAGGGACCAUAGUAAUCUCAAAACAGAGGUCCAGCUAGGAAAUGGGACAAUAAGGGUAGAUUCCAUUGAGAAUCUGCCUCCUGUGGAGCUAGAGUUUGGAAGGCACUUUCACUUGACCGUAGGAGAUCACUUCGUGGCUACAAGAAUGCAACUUGGCUGAAAAUGCAUAGUCGAGAUGGAUUCCCCUCUGGUUAUAAUGGACAGCAGUUUUCUUCCAACUUUUCUUACAGUAUUUUGUAGUUGAUUGAAGUGAAGUGAUGAAUGUAGUCUAGAUUUUGCCAUCACAUUCAAGAGAAUUGGGGCUUGGAAUCCCCUUUUUGUAUUAACCAACCUAAGAAUGAAAUAGGGUUGGGGUACUUCGUAGAUUUUGUUCCUACAGAGAACUAGGGCUUAUUUGUUUGCAAUUUUUACUUGUGACCAUGUAGGAGAGAUGGGGGGAAAGCAAGGAGUUUACGUGAACCGCAACGCAACAUGUUGGGAUUAUACGA